AUGGCUAAGUUGCACACAGGCAUCUCACUAAUCCAAGAACCAUGGUUAGUAAGAGGUGUCAUUAGGGGGCUUGGUGGGGCUGGUCUAGUUUGUUACAGGGACUGCAGAGCUGCCAAUACCAGGGCGUGCAUUCUUACUAAGGGUGUCAACGCAACUCCACUUUUGGAUCUGUGUUCAGGGGACCUAAUGGUGGUAGUAACUAACCUGGAGGGUAUAGAUAAGACGGUCGUAGGAUCGGCAUAUUUUCCAUAUGAUAAUAAAAUUAAUCCGCCAAUUGAAGUUCGCAGGUUGGUGGACUACUGUAUGGAAAAGGGACUUCCUCUGCUGCUGGGCUGCGAUGCAAACUCACAACAUACGGUGUGGAGGAGCUUAAAGCACAACCAGAGAGGACAGAAGCUAUUGGAAUAUCUAAUUGGAACGGAUCUAGAUAUUCUCAACACGGGUUCGACCCCGACUUUUAGCAAUGCGAUUAGGCAGGAAGUGAUUGAUAUCACUCUCUGCUCCAAAAGCAUUGGAAAUAAGAUAAGAGAUUAUCAGACCCUAUAUGAGGCUGCGAAUGAUUUUAUAAAGGCUAUUAAGGCAGCUUAUGAAAGUAGCUGCAAACCGACAAAAGCAUUCUCGGGAAAAGAGGUGUGCUGGUGGAACCAGAGAUUAGAACAUCUCAGGAGAAAAACCAGGAUACUCUUUAAGCGUGCCAAGAAAAGGCGCACGACUAAUGGUUGGUCUGAUUUUACGAAAAUGAGAGACGACUAUAGAAAUGAAGUAAGGAAAGCAAAACAAGACAGUUGGAAUGCUUUCUGA